AUGACAGAUGUUGAGCAACAGGCGCCUGUCGAGGGCACACCGCUCGAGGAUGUAGAGAUGGAAGGCGCAGCUGAUGCUGGCGCUGGUGCACAAGAAGGUGCAGGCGAAGAGACGGCUUUGGCUGAUAUUGAGCCUGAAGCGCCCAAGCUAGUAUUAUUCUCAGACCUGAUCAAGAGUCCAAUCGUGGAAGUCGUUGUUGGAUCCGGAGAAGCUCGCACCACAUACUCAGCACACGAGGCUGUUCUUGUCAAGUCGCCCGAGUUUGGCAAACAUGUGGAGAAGUUUGCGCCAGGAGGGCCGCGUCAAAUUGUCUAUUCAGACUGCGACAUAGACGCCAUGGGUUCCGUAGUCGAGUACCUCUACACGGGCGAAUACUUCCCCAAGAAGACGUCAUCCGCACGCGACGCCUCGCUAGAAAAGGACCCGCGCCAACCCGAAAUCGACCACGAGGGCGUCGGCCUCCUCGUCCACGCCCGCAUCUACACGCUCGCCGAGCGCCUCCAACUCCCCGAGCUCAAAUCCCUCGCCCACUCCAAGAUCCACCGUACUGCCUCGACGGCAAAAGGUGAACUCGCAUACGCCCGCUACGUCUACAAGGAAUCAGACCCAGAAGACGCGACUAUCCGCAAGCCCGUCGCGGCCUUUUGGGCUACACGCAGCUACAGCCUGCGCCACGAUGCAGAGCCAGAGUUUAAAGCAAUGUGUCUCGAGUUCCCGCAGUUCUCGUAUGAUGUGCUGCAGCUGGUGCUGGAUCAGAGGGAGAAGAAGAAGAGUAGUGGGGAGGAUACGCCGGUGAGGAGUAGUGGGGGACCGAGUGUAGUGCCGGGGAGUACGAGGAAGAGGGCGAGGGUUAGUCAAGUGUAG